AUGCGCGCGGGAAUGAUACCUCUCCUCCUCUCCCUCCUCCUCGUCAGCGUCUCUGCCGAGUAUACCUACACCGCAUGCAGCAAACAAGCUGAUUGCACAGAUAAGAGCUACCCCUACUGCAAGAUCAUCUGGAACGACUCAGGCAUGACCACUACCAGCUCUGCUGUCAAGGGAACCACGUACUCGGGUGUGUGCGUGCAGUGCAACUCAGACUGUGACUGUGACUUGAAUGAGUAUUGUGCAAACGAUUUCUCUCUAUAUAUGGUGGAAAGCGCAAUCAAAACAACUGCUGCUGCUUACAAAGAGGAAUUCUCCAACAAGAUUUCGACGUACUAUGACGUGAUGAAGAAUUACAAAAUCAGAAGCGUCUGCAAGAAGCGAGAGCUGUCAAAGGACUACGACUUUUGCGUGCCAUCGACUACUAUCAGGAACGACGUCAUCACCUCAGUCUACGACAAAGUAUCGUAUGAGUCACAGUUCAGGUUUCAUGAGAGCAACAAGAAUCGAUUCUGCGGCAACUUUGAAAGCAAUGCAUUUCAACAAUCCGAGACCGUGAAAUGCUUAAAUUACGAUGGCCAGAAAUGUGCAACAGAAUCUUAUGUGACAGGAAACAGUUACAAAACGGCUACAUUCUGCUUUCCGGGCGUAAAGAGCAAAUUUGUGGAUGAUGCUGGAGGGUGUAAAGCAGCGGGCACGGAAAUUGACAAACUAGAAACGGAGUAUGAAAGCACGAUGUCCAAAGGCGGUUGUAAACAUGGAGACAAGACUUGUACCGGGACCGGAAGGCCGCGCGUGUGUGUGAAUGGCAAGUGGAAGUUACAGUAUACCCCUGACAUGAUGGGGUACGAGAAGACCUAUGACAUGGUCAAGGACAACAUCCAGCUGCAGACACAGAUCACCAUCACUCUCUUCGCUUCCCUUUGCUUCUUCGUCGCGGUGAUCUGUGCCGUGAUUCUGAUGAUGAAGAAACCUUCGGCCGGUCAGGCUCCCGCUGCCUUCGAGAUGAAGGCCCAGCCUGACACUCAGCCUCAGGUUUAA